CUGUCACCUACCAGUGACGUCACGUGACGUCACAGACAUACGACAUUAGCGGAUAUUAUCAUUAUUAGCUCACGAAUAUGUACAGAAGAAGAUAAUACUAUUUCGCCUUCCGUUUUUUUUUUGGACAUAUUAGUUUCGUAAUAUUGACUUUGACCUGGAAUAAAAUGUCCACUUUGGCGGAGUCGCUCGCCAACGAGGGCUGGCACCUCAGUGAUGAAGGCAUUGCAGAAUUGAAAGGAUCUGUUGAGAACGUUACACAUCAUGAUAUUAUUCGAAUUGCGCUCGAUAGCGACCUCAGACCAAUCGGAGGGAAAAUCCUUCCACCCGAUAUCAAUAGUGGACGGGUUGAGAAGCUGGAGGGUCCGUGUGUUCUCCAGCUGCAGAAGAUGAGGAACAUCUCAGCGCCAAAAGACAGCGUGUCCCAGGGAGGACCACGAAUGCUGCGCCUGCAAAUGACAGAUGGCCACACCACCUGCGUCGGAUUGGAGUUUAAACAGCUGACAAAAAUCAGCCUCAAUACUCCCCCGGGAACAAAAAUCAAACUGCUUGGAGCAAUCAUGGUCAAAAAUGGAUUCUUGCUUCUUGAUGACUCCAAAAUGGACGUUCUUGGUGGAGAGGUUGAACAUAUGGUGGAGAAAUGGGAACUGCAAAGGAGUCUGGCCAAACACAGUAGAAAUAACAUUGUGGCAGAAGGCGGGCCGCCUCCUUUUGUGUCAUUUGGCCAGAAGUGUGCGAGGAAGGAUGAAACGGACGGUGAAGAGCUCGACCAGAGGAAAACUCUUAAGAGCGUCGUCAAAAUCACGGAUGAGAACGACGACUUUUCAAAGCAGCGAUCAGCAGCUAUUGCUGAAGUGGCUAAAACCAAAGAGGGUCCCCGUACAUUUGGCGGAGGAGAAAACGCAGGAAGUAAUUUGUCCAAUUCUUACCGGGGCCGUGACCAGCAUAGAAGGCGAGAAGAUCGGGUUGAAAGAUACGAAAGCAGACAAGAUGCAAACUAUCGAGACCUGGUGGACGAGCGCGCCCUGAGGACCAUCAUGGAGAUGGGCUUCAACAAGGACGCAGCCCGGCAUGCCUUGAUGGACAACAACAACAAUCUUGAGGUUGCACUCAACAGCCUUCUGACGGGAACCUGUGACAGCAGAGCUCACCCUGUGGUCGCAGACAAGCCUCAGCCCCGAGGCAGAGGUAAGGGAAGAGGUCGGUCCAGGAAUGAUGGCGAGGAGGAGUGUCCUGGAGGAAGGCCCUCUGCGCCAAGCACUCUUUUUGACUUCCUUGAAUCCAAGAUGGGAGUUUUUUCCAUUGCUGAGCCAAAGACACAGGCUUCUCAGCGACAUGAUGAUAGAGCAAAUGUCCAUGGCUCGGACUACUACUCCAAAGAUGCAUCUAACGCCAGGUUCUCGUCAAACAACGAUCCUCGUCAAAGAAAGAACGACAGGCCACCGCGCUUCCACAGGGACAUAGACUUUCCCAAACCAGGCCAGGAGACCUUCUCGAACUGUACGACCUCCCAAACUUCAUCAGGCCAGCACUGGAAGGGACAGGAUAGGUCGUCGCGGGGAACAUUUGACAGGCGGAAUGACAGGAGAGACAUGGACGACGAGCAUGGUUUCGCCUCGGCCUUCGCACGCUCCAAGGAACCUCAACAGCAGGGUGAAUCAGCCGGGUCUUUUUCCCAGCGAUCAAGAAACUGCGAUGGUGCGAACAUGGCUGGAGCAUCCGUCAGGAGGGGGACAAAGGACAACGCACCCUCAUCUAAACCGACCAAUCCUUCUGAAAAUGACCCCAACCCUAACCCCAACCCAAACAGCUUCAGAAGAAAAGGAAAGGCUGAGCGACCAAACUACUUUGACCAUCAAAGGGACAGCGCGGUGCCAAACUUCAAGGGAGCGAAUUUAGGAAUAUCCUGUGAAGUGGAAAUGUCACAGGAUUCUCAGUUCUUGACGGGGGGUCCGUCUAAUUACCAAAAUGGAGAUGUGGUACCCAAAAGAACUGGGCCAAUCAAGCCAACAAAUACAUCUGGUCCUGCCCACAGGGAGCAACCUCCAAAGAGGAACACUCUUAAUAAUCCAGCACCCAAAGCAAAGUCUUGGCAAGGUAAAGGCCAAGGUCCGAGAGAAGGUCCAAGGUCAGAGAAAAGCAAUAAUAUUGAUCAGGCUUGGAAGUCUGGAGAUCAGUGCCUCGCUUUAUACUGGGAGGACAGAAAGUUCUACCAUGCCAGAAUAGAUGCUGUGCAUCCGUCAGGCUCUACCGCUGUGGUCGUAUUUAGUGAUUAUGGCAACUGUGAAGAGGUCCUCCUCCAUAACAUCAGGCCUGUGACUGCUGACGUCUCGGUAAGGAGAAAAGAAAUCAUGAAUGAAGGAAGAAGAUGAUGCUUACUAUGACAGUUCGCUCGAGUUUCGCCGUGGAGGAGACGGCCAGCCGAGGCGCACGAGACCGACGCAACAAUAUUACCAACCUCCCAGAGCGCGGGAUUGACGUCAACAUUUUACGGCAUGGUAAAUGAACAUGACGUCGCUCCCCGGGUGAUGUUCUCCUCUCUGUAAAUGUUGCUGUUUAUAAAUGUAUGAUCUUUGCUCCGACUGUGUUUUGAAUGAGAUAAACCCUUUUCAGAAUUA